AUGCUACAGGAGACGUACAGGAAUUUCAAUACGUGCUUAUUUACAGUGGCUGGUACGCCCCUGCCACUGGAUGAUAAUGAAGAGUUAUUAUACAUAGGGUAUAACAUAGGAUACUCUAUCACAGUGGGUGAAGGUGGCUUAUUCAGUACUUAUAGUCAUAUUUCUAGUACAGGUACAUUAUUUAUUACUAAUUGUAGAUUAAUUUAUAUACCAAAAACACCAACAACAAAUUUUUGUUCAUUCUUCUGUAAGACAAAUGGUAUUAUAAAUACAACAGUAAAAAGUAAUAAUAAAAUACGGUUAGAGAUUUCCUUAUUUGGUAAUGUAAUUAGCAAAUUAGAUUUAAAAAUGAGAGAUAAUUUAUCGGCUACACUUUUAGAAGUACUUAAAUUAUCACAGGACUAUUUGAACUCCAUUCAAUGA